UCAUUUAACGUUGGGCGUCUUCUACUAUUUAAUAUCUUCCCAACUCGACUGUUCAACUAUUGAGUUUUACUAGUUUCAGACUUGCAGUGGUUUCUGAUGGUUGUUCUGAAGUGGUCGUCCGGUCCGCCGGUUGCAAAUGUAUAUAUAAUUUGAUACUUUGUGCUAUAUAUCUAUAAAUAAUAAUAUAAUAAUAGUGUGUAUGGUGGUUACAACUACUUUUAAGUGCUUAUAAUUCUACAUUAAUUACUUUUAUGAUGAAUUUUAUGUAUACUUUGAUCAUUGGUCUUUGAAUGAAUUGAAAUCGAUUUUAUUAUUUUGUUAUAAGUUUCAACGCUGCAGCAUUUAUAGUACAUUAAAAAUUAUAUAAAAUACUCAAAAUAUCAAGUUGAUAGUUCAAAAUUAAAUAAAACAAAAUGGACAAAAGGCUAUACAAUGUAAACAUGUUAGGCUUAUCCUUCAUGUUUAUUUUAGCUGCAAAUCAGGCAAUGGGAAAUAUCGCAAAAACUUUACUGAGUAGUGUACAACGUGACUAUCCUUUAUUUACUGGCGAUGGUUAUAUUAGUUUAUCAAUUACCUAUUUUGUGUUUGCAUUGGCUAAUUGGAUUGCUCCAUCAAUUGUCAAUUUUACAGGAUGUAAGAUAGCUAUGAUUAUUGGUGCAAUUUGUUACACUAUGUUUUUAGUAUCAUAUCUCUGGUUGACUACAUUUAUAUUAUAUUUUAUGUCUGCAAUACAAGGUUUUGGUGCUGCAAUUCUUUGGACAGCACAAGGAACAUACUUAACAUUAAACUCUGAUCCAUCUACAAUGUCUAGAAAUACUGGAAUAUUUUGGACGAUAUCGAAUAUAAGUAUGCUUUUAGGAAAUGCAUUUGUAUCUUAUGCUCUUCGCGAUAAAAGUGAUUUUGAUGAUUCAACCAGAACAUUUAUAUACAUUGUACUCAUAAUUGUAAGUGCAUUUGGUACAUUAUUAUUCUUAUUUUUACGAUCUCCUGUAAACCAAGAAGGAACAUUGAAUGAACGAGUAGAAAUAAUAAGUUUUACUCAGGAAAUAAAAAAUACCAUGUCGCUUUUUUUAACCAAAGACAUGCGUUUAUUAAACAUAACAUUUUUUUUUACAGGUUUAAGUUUGUCUUUCUAUUCUAGUGUCUAUAGUUCAAGUAUUGGAUUUACUAAAAGAAUGGGUUUCAAUAGUAAACAGCUUGUGGGAUUAUCCGGAUUAUUUAUUGGCAUUGGUGAAAUUCUAGGAGGUUUAAUAUUCAGUAUUUUGGGCCAAAAGACUUCUGACAACAACACUACCAUAAAAGGAUUAAGUCAUUCAGCAGUAAUUGCAAUAGGUUUUAUUGUAAAUAUUAUUACAUAUGGUUUGAUAAUUAUAAAUUUACCAGACGACUCACCAUUCGGUGAUACAACUGCAUCUUCGUAUAUUAAUCCUAACCAGUACCUAGCAAUUUUCUGCAGCUUUCUUUUGGGUUUUGGCGAUAGUUGUUUUAAUACUCAACUUUACAAUAUAAUUGGACUAAAGUAUCCUGAAAAUAGUGCUCCACCCAUGGCUUUGUUCAAUUCCAUGGAGUCAAUAGCAGCUUCUAUAAGUUUUUACUAUAGUAAUUAUUUUGGAAUACAUUUCCAACUAAUAUUAUUGAUGGUCUCAUCAACUGUAGCUGCUUUAGCAUUCUUCAAAGUGGAAGAAUCUUCUGAUAAACGAUAUUAUGAAGCAAUUUAAGAUUUAAACAUUCGUUAAAUGAAAUAUUUGACUCAUCAUUGUAAGUCAAGUGAAUCGUUCAUAAUUCCUAUCAUAUUUUGUAAAGAAAUAUAUGACUUAUAUACCUAGCGUGUAAUAAAAAUAAAAAUCUCAAAUUUGUUAUAUCAAAGAUAUAAAUAGUCAGCAGUCAAGUAAUAUUUCAUAGAAUUAUUAAAUUUAUUAUAUUAAAGUACUAAGUAAAAUACUAAAAAAAUAUACCCUAAUAUUAUA